GAAACUAUUCAUCCAGAAUGUGCAAUGGGUCGGAUUCCUCCAUUUGUUUAGGUGCCGGUGUGUGUAACGACCUUUCCACACAGUGAGCCCAUUCACUGGUUCCGACCCCUUGCGUAGCACCGCGGGGGCGGGGCCAUGACGACAGAUGGCGCCUAUUGGUACGUUUCCAGGGGAGGGCGGGAUUUCGGAGAACGCCGACAGUUUUGAUUAAAUAUUAAUACGAUUGAACGGACACCAGUCCUGUCAGGAAAGGAGCAUUUCCGCAGUAAAAAUAUUUGUUUUUAAUUAGCCACACUUUCCGUAUGACAAAGUGAAUUUUCAAUAACAGCAUAUAUUACGAAUAACCGUGUCUCCGUACUAAUUCAGUUAUUUUCAGCUCUUAUGUGACACAAUCUGUAUAAAAAUUCACACCGCUGUCUUACGGCUUUUACCUGCCUUUACACGACAGUGCAUCGCGUUUCACCAGCUCUUGGCCUUUCGCUUUAAUAUGUGAUUGACGGACUUGAGCGACCAGCAGUCGGACACCCACGAAAACUUCUUAACCAAUAAGAGCAGUCGGGGGGCGGGUCUUAAGGAAACGCAUGUGGCGCGUGUCACAUUCCGAAUCGCCGUGGUCGUUCCUGUCCGAAGGACUGCCUCUGUAAAAUAGAAUCACCACCGAUUCAUAUACAGUGACAGGGUCCCUGCCCUUCGGAAUACUGACGUCUUCCCACUUCCGCCCAGCACCAUGGGGACAGAGGAGCAGACAAGCGUUCCUGAAGGAGAGGUUCCUCCUGAGAAUGGCGAUAUUCAGGCCACCCACACGCACUACAGUUCUAUGCACACCAAAACUUACUCAACUUCCAAGGAUGAGGUCUACACCACGUACUUUGAGGAGAAGGUCCCCAUUCCACAAGACACCAGUGAGACAUGUUUCAGUUUUCGUAAGCUUUGGGCCUUCACAGGCCCAGGAUUCCUCAUGAGCAUUGCCUAUCUGGAUCCAGGCAAUAUUGAGUCUGAUCUUCAGUCUGGUGCCAAAGCAGGGUUUAAGUUAUUGUGGGUCCUGUUGGGAGCCACCAUCAUCGGACUGCUUCUACAGAGGCUGGCGGCUCGCCUUGGUGUUGUCACCGGCAUGCACCUUGCAGAGGUCUGCAACCGCCAGUAUCCCACUGUACCUCGCAUCAUCCUCUGGCUGAUGGUGGAGUUGGCUAUUAUUGGCUCGGACAUGCAGGAAGUAAUCGGCUGUGCCAUUGCUUUCAACCUCCUUUCCGUUGGCAGGAUCCCACUGUGGGCAGGAGUUCUGAUCACCAUCUUUGAUACGUUUGUGUUCCUCUUCCUAGACAAGUAUGGCCUGAGAAGGUUGGAAGCUUUUUUUGGGUUCCUCAUCACUAUCAUGGCCCUUACAUUUGGAUAUGAGUAUGUGACGGUGAAGCCCGACCAGGGCCAGCUGCUGAAGGGGAUGUUCUUGCCCUACUGCGAGGGCUGCGGCCCCGUGCAGCUGGAGCAGGCGGUGGGCAUCGUGGGCGCAGUCAUCAUGCCACACAACAUCUACCUGCACUCUGCUCUGGUCAAGUCUCGGCAGGUUGACCGCACCAAGCCAAGGGAGGUGAAAGAGGCCAACAAGUACUACUUCAUCGAGUCGACAAUCGCGCUGUUUGUGUCCUUCCUCAUCAACGUUUUUGUGGUGGCUGUAUUUGCCGAGGGUUUCUAUGGACGCACAAACCUCGAUGUGCAUAAUGUGUGCAAUCAUUCUGGCAGCCCGCAUACACACCUCUUCCCACAGGACAAUAACACCCUGCAGGUGGACAUCUACAAAGGGGGGGUUGUGCUCGGCUGCUUUUUUGGCCCUGUGGCGCUCUACAUCUGGGCCGUGGGGAUCCUGGCUGCAGGGCAGAGCUCCACCAUGACGGGGACCUACUCAGGGCAGUUUGUCAUGGAGGGCUUCCUGAACCUGCGGUGGUCUCGCUUCGCAAGGGUGCUACUCACGCGGUCCGUGGCCAUCGUUCCCACCCUGCUGGUGGCCGUCUUCCAGGACGUGCAGCACCUGACGGGCAUGAACGACUUUCUCAACGUGCUGCAAAGCAUGCAGCUGCCAUUUGCUUUGAUCCCAAUCCUUACCUUCACCAGCCUGCCCUCCCUCAUGAGUGAAUUCACUAAUGGACUGUUCUGGAAGAUUGGAGGAGGAAUCGUCAUACUGGUAGUUUGUGCCAUCAACAUGUACUUUGUGGUCGUCUACGUCACCGGCCUGAAUAGCGUUUGGCUGUACGUGCUGGCUGCUCUUUUGUCUGUCGCCUACCUGUGCUUUGUAGGCUACCUGGCCUGGCAGUGUUUGAUUGCCCUGGGGGUGUCCUGUCUGGAUGUCUGUGGCAGGCUGGGCAUAGGCCUGUCUGGAGCCACGGACUCGUACCUGCUCGACGACAUGGAUGGCGGCGUGAAUGCGGACAGGUAGCGGGGGCUCCGAGAAGCCCGAGACCCCGGAGAAAGAGAUGGGAGGUGUUGGCACCGCCAGUCAGAGAUGUACCUCCUCCUCCUGUAAAGUGCAGGACGAUGGAGUACUUCCCGUUAAACUUGUUUCCUAUGUCCCAGCACACGUGAGACUUAGUCUCUCGCAUCUACACUUCACUGUAUGCAGUACUGGCAAAGUUCUGGAUCAGUCUGAUUAUGGGGUUGUUGGAACUUCAAUGUUAAAUUAUAUGUCAAUAUUCCAUUAUUAUGUGUAACGUCUGCGUUUCCGUUCGUUUUGCUGGAGCAUCUCGCUGGCAGCAGAGUCGAUUUAAACAAGCGGCUUAAAGUGUGACUUAUCAAUGGAAACGUACCCUUUGGCCCGUACGGACCGGGCAGUCAUAUGACUCUACAAACUGCAGUGGAGGUUUAUCAUUUAUAGCGCUUCAGCACUGGAGCUUUUGUAUUUUGUAUUUUAAGUACAUAUACAAAAUAAAGAGCAGCUGUGGUGGUGCAGCCUCAUCCCUGAAUUGCAUGUGCAGGAACUUUUCGUAAAGAAAGUUUAAUUAUUUAUCAGCACAUGCUGAACUCGCUCUUUUUAUAUUUUUAUAAAAGUUAAAUUACACACACUGAACCGAUUUCUGAUGUACAGGUAAAUGCUGCAAUUAUUUUUCCUAUUU